CUGUGUAAUGGAAGUUCCUCGUUAUCCAUCAAUUAUUAUUGACAACGGACAUGGCUUUAUGAAGGCCGGAUUCAGUGGAGAGAAACAGCUUCCUACCGUUACGAUCCCAUGUCGUGAUGACGUCCUGCUGGGCGAUUUUGUUGUGGAGAAAGUUCAGGAAGAAAGACUCCCUACCGUAAAUCUUGAUUCUCUGAAAGAGAUGUGGAAAGACGCAAUAUAUAGAUUGAAAGCUGAUCCAACUGAGUGCAUCUUCGUACUCACUGCAAAUCGAUUGUUUACGGAAAAAGACUAUCACGCUAUAGCAGAAAUAAUGUCGGAAGAAAUCGGAGCGGAAGGACUGGGCAUCUGCAACGAAUCUUCUUUCCCAAUGAUUUGGUAUGGCAAACGGACAGGUGUCUAUGUAGACUGCGGUGAAUUGAUCACUUCUGUUGUCGUCUUUCACGACGGCCGACGUCUUAGUGACAAUGUGCUCAAUUUUGGUGGCCGGGAUGUUACUCUAAAGCUUUUGUCAAGCCUACAGCAAAACGGAUACGACCAGUUAGACUCACAAAAUCUUGACCAUCUUAAGGAAAUCAGAAAAAUCAAACACGAAUACGGACGGAUAAGCACUGACUAUGAAAGAGAGAUGCAGCUUGCAUGCAAGACUAAACCAACCUCAGUUCUCUGCCAACUAGACCCACAACAGGUUCUUGUCAUGCGCAAUGAGCAUUUUGCCUGCUCAGAGGGUUUGUUUCAUCCUCAUCACUUUGGUAAACGUCAGAGUGGAAUCCACCACGCGGUGUGCCGAGCCAUCGUGUCACAACCCAUAGAUAAACAAGCCGCACUCUACGAAUCCAUACUUUUGUGCGGCGGCACCACAUUGCUGAAGUCGUUUCCGGAAAGAUUGUCGACCGAAAUUGCCAAUUUUAUGAAGGUCAGAACGCCUGUCAAAGUCAUUGCUCAUGAGGGUCGUGAACACAGCGUAUGGUUGGGAGCGAAUAUGUUGGAAACCGAAAAGGGAUCCACUAACCGCGAAAUAUUUCGUAAAUCCCAGUAUCUCGAAACCGGCGAAGGCAUUUUAAGAAGAACAAGUAGAAGAAAGAAUGAUGCAGCUUCUUUGCACUUUUAAGACAAAGCGUUAUAAUAGUAUUGUCUAUUAUCAUAAACUGGAACGGUGUGGUUACUGUCAGUACAAUGGUUGUGUUCAAUAGUUAAUUAUUCAGAGUCAUUCCAUAUAUGCAAAGCUUUAGAUUGUCAAAUACCUACCACUCUCACAGUGCUUCUACUCUAAUUUAGAAGUUGUCAAGAAGUGGAUAAUAUGGGCAAUAAAUAUUAGU